AUUUCAGUGUCAAAGAUGAGUCCUGUUGAAUAUUUCGACAGCUGUUUUAGAAAUUAUCCGUAAAUAAAUACUGUUUUAAACUGUUUAUAUUGAAGAAAUACAUCCAGGUAUUAACAUAAUUAUUCACAUGGUCAUGAUAGCUGUUGCUAUAUUUAGUUUUUGUAUAAAAUGAAACAAAGGAAUCGACUUCUUCAUAAUGAGAAUGAUCUGAUAACCAACAUGAACGGCUAUAGAGAAGACGGUAAUGAGCUAAAUCAUAAGAUACAGCUGUACAGGAUAAAACCUAAGGAACAUUUUAUAGAGGCACAAAUUCAGGAUGGGGACACACUACAAGCUAUCGCUCUCAGAUUUCAUUGUUCUAUUUCAGAAUUGAAGAGGAUAAAUCAAAUACAUAAAGAUAAUGAAAUUUUUGCAAAGAGAACCAUAAAAGUUCCUGUCACUCCUUAUUCAGUGCUGACAGAACUCAUUCCUACACAGCCACCAGAACCUCAGCCGUCUACAUCUAGUGACAAUGCUACCAGCCUCAACAUGCAAAGUCUUUUGCAGAACUCACAAUCUAUGCAAAAUCAAAGCAACACACCAAAAGAUGUGGAUCUCGCUCUAGAUUGUAAUGCAAUGAUUUUAAAUAGUACAAUUGCUCCUUCUGUAAUUCCGUUUACUGAUUCAGAACAAACUGAUUUUGUAUCUGAGGACACUCAGCUUUUACCGAGUAAAGAGAAAGUCUCUGUUGAGACGGUCGUUGUGAAGGAGCUCACAGCCCAUGGAGCAGAUUUUGGAUUGAAAUGGUUCCAUCUUCUAUGUUUUGUGCUGCUACUAGGAGUUGUAGUGCCACUAGUGUAUGUAUUAUUUUAUUUAGACAAGCAUGAGCAUGCAGACCUGCCACCACUGUAUGGAAGCCGGUGAUUUUAGUAUAAACUAUGCGACGAAAAGCUUUAAGUUACGGAAGUUUUUAUAUAACAUUUUAUACUGUGAAUAUGUAUUAUACAUGUAAAAUUAAGGGAACAUUAUUGUGAUUCAAAAAUAAACAUAAUUAAGUUA